GAGAUGAAUUAUUAAUUGGUAUGAAUGACAUUCGGAUCAGAACAAAAUCUGCUUCCUCUCAUCACAUGUUCGUUCACAUUUCGGAAGCAGAGUUACCAUUCCAACACAACCGAACCCAGUGAGGUACCAACCAAGGAACACACUGCGAUUCGUUUUCUCGCGAAUUCAAUUCAUUCAAAUUCACCAUUCAAGGUUUGUAUUUGUUCAGCUGAAGGCAUAUUCGUUCAUUCACCAAUGAUUUGUUCCAUACAAAUUUGAAUGAUGUUGGAAUAACAGACUUCUAUUAGUUUUUUGGGUGUAUUGAUAAUCAUAUAGUUAGUAUAUCUGCACAUUUAAGCGCCGAGCUUCUUGGUUAGAGAAUGUCCAGGCCAUUGUACAGAGGAGUGUCUGGGAUUCGGAUCCCUGAUAACACCCUUGAUUCAUGGGACUCUCAAUCCAAAGAUAAAACAGAAAAGGAUGGUUUGGAUAAAAAAGGUUCUUCUGAUCCCAGCCCCUUGCCUUUGAAGUCUCCCUUUAGGUUACUUUUCGCAGAUAAUUCGAAAAAUGGAAUCACUGAGAAUGGUUUCUCGCCUGAUCCGUUCAUUCUUGGCACUCCUAGAAGUCGGCAUAAGUUGAUUCUUCUUUUUAUGAAGUUUAGUAUAGUAUUUAUAGUUAUACUUGCUCUUGCUGGGUCUUUUUGGUGGACAGUCUCGAUUUCAACCACAUCAAGAGGUCAUAUUUUCCAUGGUUAUAGAAGACUUCAAGAGAAACUUGUAUCGGACCUUUUGGAUAUCGGGGAGAUUUCUGAUGCUCCGUCAAAGCUGAAAGAACUGGAUUUUUGUUCUCAGGAGUUUGAAAACUAUGUUCCUUGCUUUAACGUUUCCGACAAUCUAGCUCAGGGUUACUCUGAUGGCAAUGAGUUUGAUCGGCAAUGUGGACGUGAGCUCAGGCAAAAUUGUUUACUUCUCUCGCCGACGAAUUACAAAAUUCCUCUUCGGUGGCCUACUGGAAGGGAUGUUAUAUGGGUUUCAAAUGUUAAAAUCACUGCACAGGAAGUUCUUUCUUCUGGAAGCUUGACCAAGAGGAUGAUGAUGCUCGAUGAAGAGCAAAUUUCCUUUCGUUCUGCAUCCCUUAUGUUUGAUGGUGUUGAAGACUACUCACACCAAAUCGCAGAAAUGAUUGGACUUCGAAAUGAAUCUAACUUCAUACAAACAGGGGUUAGAACCAUACUGGACAUUGGUUGUGGCUAUGGUAGCUUGGGAGCGCACCUCUUUCACAGUCAACUUUUAACUAUGUGUAUUGCGAACUACGAGCCUUCUGGUAGUCAAGUUCAACUUACACUUGAGAGAGGUCUUCCUGCUAUGGUUGCUUCUUUCACUACAAAACAGUUGCCUUAUCCAUCUCUCUCCUUUGAUAUGCUGCAUUGUGCUCGAUGCGGCAUAGAUUGGGACCAGAAAGAUGGAAUUCUCUUGAUUGAAGCUGAUAGGCUUUUAAAACCUGGGGGCUACUUUGUCUGGAGUUCGCCGAUUACAUAUGCUCGUAACCAAGACAGUCAGACCAGGUGGAAGUUCAUACAUGAUUUUGCAGAAAACCUUUGCUGGGACAUGCUAUCGCAGCAAGAUGAAACUGUUGUGUGGAAGAAAACUAGUAAACGGAAAUGCUAUAGUUCAAGAAAGAAUGGUUCUCCUCCUCCUUUGUGUAGUAGAGGCUAUGAUGUGGAGUCUCCGUACUAUCGAGAACUGCAAAAUUGCAUUGGAGGAACACAUAGCAGCCGUUGGGUUUCUAUUGAAGAGAGGGACAAUUGGCCUUCUAGGGAUCACCCGAACAAGAACGAGCUUGCAAUAUAUGGAUUGCAACCUGAUGAGUUUGCCGAGGACUCUGAAAGCUGGAGGACAGCAGUACAAAAUUAUUGGUCUCUUCUGUCACCUUUGAUAUUUUCGGAUCAUCCAAAGAGACCCGGCGAUGAAGAUCCUCCACCACCUUUCAACAUGCUAAGAAACGUGCUAGACAUGAAUGCUCAUUUUGGUGGUUUUAAUUCUGCAUUGUUGCAAUCUGGAAAGUCUGUGUGGGUCAUGAAUGUGGUGCCGAUGAGUGGAUUCAACUAUCUUCCCUUGAUCCAGGACCGCGGUUAUGUUGGCGUUUUGCAUGAUUGGUGUGAGGCAUUUCCAACGUACCCUAGAUCGUAUGACUUGGUACAUGCAGCAGGGUUUUUAUCCCUUGAAACUGGUCAGCAGCGCAAAUGUACCUUGUUUGAUAUAUUCAUUGAAAUUGAUAGGUUACUUCGCCCAGAGGGUUGGAUUAUAAUUCGUGACUCAGUUCCUUUAAUAGAGAUGGCUAGAGCUUUAACAACUCGGCUGAAGUGGGAUGCAAGAGUUAUAGAAAUCGACAGUGAUAGCGAUCAGAGACUCCUGAUCUGCCAGAAGCCUUUCUUUAAGAGACAGGCAAAUUAAUUCAUUCAAAAGUCAUGAAGAAAUCAAUCAAACCAUAGUAUUCAUAUAUUCAUUUUCAUAAUGUUCAUUUAUUAUCAUAAUGGUCUGCCAUAGAACAUGGGGAUUGAAAAUUUUGGACAGAAAGAAAAGGAGCCGGAAAAAGACAAUAGAGGAAAGAAAAAAGAGUGAAUGCUCGUCAGCGAUACCACCACAAUGCCCUAUGUAACCGUAAGGUUUAUUAUACAUAGGAACCAUGUAAUUACCAAACGAGGAGCAGAAAAGAUGAGGAAGUAUACUGGUAGAUAUGAUUUUUCAUGUGAUGGCUGAUUUACAGUUACAUAGACUUAUGAUUAAGAUUGGAAAGUUUACAUUAUGAAAGAAUAAGUUAUUUCUGUUUGCUAUAAUGUAUAAAAAUGCUCACUGGUUAAUUCCCCCUAUUGCAAUAGAAUCAUUUUUCUGCUCCUUUUAUAGGUUCUUUAUUGUUU